AGAGUCUGCGGAGCCUUCCCCGCCAGCGCCUUUUUUGGCUUCUUCAGUGGGUUUGGUUGUUUGUGAUUGCUCAGGCCGCGGCUGCGAACCGAAAGGCUUGCUUCGCGCUGUCUAGGUCCUUCUACCUUAUCUGUAGAUGUGGCCCUGAUGGUACGGCAAGCUCUGGACUCCUAAAUCUCUGGAGCGAAUUUAAGAAGAUUUUAUUCAUGUGUAUGACAUAGAAGAUGAAUUCUUCCUCCUCCACGAUGAAUGAAGAACCUGAUGCUCUGUCAGUAGUUAACCAGCUUCGGGAUCUAGCAGCAGAUCCAUUAAAUAGAAGAGCUAUUGUCCAGGAUCAAGGAUGUCUGCCUGGCCUUAUUUUAUUUAUGGACCAUCCCAACCCCUCUGUUGUCCACUCAGCUUUGCUUGCUCUUCGUUACUUGGCAGAAUGUCGUGUGAACAGGGAAAAGAUGAAAGGAGAAUUGGGUAUGAUGUUAAGCUUGCAAAAUGUUAUACAAAAGACUACAACUCCAGGAGAAACAAAACUUCUGGCCUCUGAAGUCUAUGACAUUCUUCAGUCUUCCAGUAUGGCAGAUGGUGAUAGUUUUAAUGAAAUGAAUUCACGUCGGAGGAAAGCUCAAUUUUUUCUAGGAACUACAAACAAACGUGCCAAAACGGUGGUUUUGCACAUAGAUGGUCUUGAUGAUACGUCUCGGAGAAAUCUAUGUGAAGAGGCUUUGUUAAAAAUCAAAGGUGUUAUUAGCUUUACUUUUCAAAUGGCUGUUCAAAGAUGUGUGGUACGAAUCCGUUCAGAUUUGAAAGCAGAGGCAUUGGCAUCAGCAAUAGCAUCAACCAAGGUCAUGAAAGCCCAGCAAGUUGUGAAAAGUGAAAGUGGAGAAGAGAUGCUGGUCCCAUUCCAAGAUACUCCUGUGGAAGUAGAAGAGAACACAGAGCUGCCUGACUACUUGCCUGAGGAUGAGAGUCCCACAAAGGAGCAGGACAAAGCAGUGUCUCGGGUUGGCUCCCAUCCUGAAGGUGGAGCUGGCUGGCUGAGCACAGCAGCAAACUUUUUAUCCAGAUCAUUUUACUGGUGACUUCAUCUUCAGUUUGGGGCUCAAAGACUGUGUGAACCAACAACAAGCCAGUUUUCCAUUGUGAUGAACUGUCAAGUGCAAUUUGCAAUAAGUUAUCAUGAAAAGUUUUUAGAUUACAUGAUUGUGUAUGCUGCAUUUUACAUUUUCUUGGACAUUUUACUCCACUGAGUGGUAAAAAGAACAGAGGCUACAGGUGGAAUAUAUUUGCUUGGGAAAGUAUUUUGGUUUUGUUUUCCUUUAAUUGCCUCACUUUUUAAAAAAAACAUGGGUCCACUGUUAAACCAAACAUGUAUUGCAGCUUUACAUUUUAUUUUAUAUGAAGCACGUGAUUAGGAAAACUUAUUUUCUCCUCAAGCCUCAGGUUCUAUCUGAAGAGAAGUUUGUAGUUGAAGUUGUGCAUGAAUUUCUGAACAUUUUUCUCUGCUUUUCUUCGUGAACAGUACAUGCUUUGGUACUCUUCACUGAAAGUUGGAAACAUUUCUGAUUUACUCCCUUUCUGUGCCUUUUUUAUUGGCCAACCAUGUUUAUAGAAAGGAUAUUACUAAUGACAGUUUGAAAAUUGAAAUUUAUCCACUGAAACAUAGUUAUCUAAAAAUACAACUGAAAAACUUUGCAGUCUUGUUAUUUUAAUAAGAAUAAUGCAAAAGUCAGUCAGAAAAAGGAAACAAGUGUAGUAGUAAAGUGCUUUUGGCUCUAUCUGGAUAUGACCAAAUAUGGUUCUAAUUGUUUGCUGUUCUCUGUUGAUGUCAGCUCAUGAGAUUAAGCCCACCAUGAUAUUGUCAGUAAUUAUAAAUGGUCUCUUGGCCUUACAUUGAUAUUAGAGAACAUCCCCUGGUAAGGAAAAAAAAAAUAGUAGUAAAGAACUGACAAAUUUGAAAGAAGAAAAACAAAAAUUUAAUGCCUAUAAUGCCAUAGUGCCACACUGGUAGCAUCUAACUUUAAAAUAUGAAUGCCUGGCUGAAGCCUACUUAAUAGGUAUUUCUUUAUAUUGCCUUUUGUGAACUAUAAAAAUGCCACAGUUAUACUGGAGGGAAAAAAAAAGACCCAAAUUACUGCUUAUAAAGAAAGCCAGCAUUGGUUAAUCUUUCUCGUGUCCAGCCAGAAAAAAAGAACUUCAGUGAAGAUAAAAUUAAAAAAAAAUUUAUAUAUGUUAUAUAUAUAUUAUAUAUAUGUAUAUAUAUAAUAUAUAUAUAACAUAUAUAUUAUAUAUAUGUAUAUAUAAUAUAUAUAUAACAUAUAUAUACACAUAUAUACAUAUAUAUGGUGUUUUGGGGUAGGUAAGAGCUAAUUACAUCUAUGUAAUACUUCAUUAAAGCUCUAAAACACUUGGCAAUUAAGAUUUUGUUUUGAAAGUCCAGCUAUAUCCAGAUGUGUUUUAAUGUUAACAUGAUUAAAAACUAAUAGAAAUUGAAGUUCAUUUUCAUCACCAUGUAGAGCUGCUAUUUUACUACUUGGAGAAUGUAAAGCAAAAAUUGGACCCUGGAGGGUUUUCUUAUGUUUUCCUCACUUCUCUUUUAGAGAAAAUUAAAAUCAUCCAGUCUUACUGGAGAAAAGUAAUUGUAAAAUACUACCACUGAAAAGUCUUGAGUUCCCUAACAUUGGGAUCUCCUGGAAGGAGAGGGAGAGGUAUUGAGGGUAUUAAGAACAAUAGUUUUUCAUGUGUCUGGUCUCUGAUUCAAGUAAUACGCACAAACAGAAAAUAGAAGCUUUCAGGGCACAUACUGCUUUAAAUGCAUACUACCAACUUGCUGCCAGAACCAGAUGUGUUGAAAAAAAGAAAACAAACCACCUCCUUUCUAUAGCCAUUAAAGCAAAGUUUACUUUCUGUUUAACAAGUUAUUUUAUUUUACAUUGCUGCACAUCUGCUUAUUUAAUAAACUACAUCUCUUUGGUAGUAAUGGUUCAGUACAUGUAGGUAUUUCAGCUUGAUGUUCGUGUGUUUCAAGUAUUCGUUUAUUCCAGGUCUUAUAGAGCAGUUAAGGCAACUGUAAUGACAUUUUCUUUGAAAUAUAUUGUAAAAUAAUAAAAGGUAACAUAAUUGAAUGGA